GCUGGAGGCGGUGUCUGCGGGGCUCAGCCCUCUGCGUGCCCCGGCUCCGUCUAACAGCGGGAGGGCGAGUGUCAGAGACGCAGCUUCCCAGCCCCGGGGAACAUCUUUGCGGACAGCGCCCUCGCCAUACCCCCCGGCCCCGCGUGGAAUUGCAACCAUGAAUGAAGAAAAUAUAGAUGGAACGAAUGGAUGCAGUAAAGUUCGAACUGGUACUCAGAAUGAAGCAGCAUUACUUGCUUUGAUGGAAAAGACUGGUUAUAACAUGGUUCAAGAAAAUGGGCAAAGGAAAUUUGGUGGUCCCCCUCCAGGUUGGGAAGGUCCACCUCCACCUAGAGGCUGUGAAGUUUUUGUAGGAAAAAUACCUCGUGAUAUGUAUGAAGAUGAGUUAGUUCCUGUAUUUGAAAGAGCUGGGAAGAUAUAUGAAUUUCGACUUAUGAUGGAAUUUAGUGGUGAAAAUCGAGGUUAUGCUUUUGUGAUGUAUACUACAAAAGAAGAAGCCCAGCUGGCCAUCAGAAUUCUUAAUAAUUAUGAGAUUCGGCCUGGGAAGUUUAUUGGUGUGUGUGUAAGUUUGGAUAAUUGCAGAUUAUUUAUCGGAGCUAUUCCCAAAGAAAAGAAGAAAGAAGAAAUUUUGGAUGAAAUGAAGAAAGUUACAGAAGGAGUUGUAGAUGUCAUUGUUUAUCCAAGUGCAACUGAUAAGACCAAAAAUCGUGGUUUUGCAUUUGUUGAAUAUGAAUCUCACAGAGCUGCUGCUAUGGCGAGGAGGAAACUAAUUCCAGGAACAUUCCAACUAUGGGGCCACACCAUUCAGGUAGAUUGGGCUGACCCAGAGAAAGAGGUUGAUGAGGAAACCAUGCAGAGAGUUAAAGUUCUCUAUGUAAGAAAUUUAAUGAUUUCAACUACAGAGGAAACAAUUAAAGCAGAAUUCAAUAAAUUUAAGCCUGGUGCAGUGGAACGAGUAAAGAAACUUAGAGAUUAUGCUUUUGUUCACUUUUUUAACCGAGAAGAUGCAGUGGCUGCUAUGUCUGUUAUGAAUGGAAAAUGCAUUGAUGGAGCAAGUAUUGAGGUAACACUGGCAAAACCUGUAAAUAAAGAAAACACUUGGAGACAGCAUCUUAAUGGUCAGAUUAGCCCCAAUUCUGAAAACCUGAUUGUGUUUGCUAACAAAGAAGAGAGCCACCCAAAAACUCUAGGGAAGCCACCAACUCUUCCCACCCGUCUCAAUGGUCAGCAUAGCCCAAGCCCCUCUGAAGUUGAAAGAUGCACUUAUCCUUUUUUCCCCGGAACAAAGCUUACUCCAAUUAGUGUGUAUUCUUUAAAAUCCAAUCAUUUUAAUUCUGCAGUAAUGCAUUUGGAUUAUUACUGCAACAAAAAUAAUUGGGCACCACCAGAAUAUUAUUUAUAUUCAACAACAAGUCAAGAUGGAAAAGUACUCUUGGUAUAUAAAAUAAUUAUUCCUGCUGUCGCAAAUGGAACCCAGAGUUACUUCAUGCCAGACAAACUCUGUACUACGUUAGAAGAUGCAAAGGAAUUGGCAGCCCAGUUUACAUUACUUCAUUUGGGUCCUUUCUGAUGUUGCUUGAGCUUAUUCUCCUGCAGUUGAUCUCAUUCCUGUUGACUAAACAUUAAGUCCCAUGGCAACAUUAAGUUAAUGCUCAUAUGUUUUCAGCCUCAUUUGUAGUACCAGAACAAUAUUAUAGAAAAAAACUACCUGUACAGUAGAUGACCUAAUUCCUUUUCUUGCAUUCCUAGAAACACCAUGCCUUUUAUAAAUAAUAAUUUUAUAGUCAUUGUCACACCCUUGGCUUAUUCUACACUGAAGAACAUAGUUGAGUUUUUGGAAAGUACAGGAUUUACCAAUUUGGUCUUUAUAUACAUAUAUAUUACAAUUAAUGAAGCAGGAAAUUAGUGAUGCAUAAGAUGAAUGUUUAUUGUGGAACACUACUAUUUCAAAUAUAAUUGUUUUUUAAUAAUUUGGUUUAAUUUUUGGAUGUUUUUCUAUGCUAUAAGUUGAUAACGGUUUCUUGAAGUUUAUUUUAUAAAGGUAACUCCUUUUACUGUUUUAUGGUAUCAGUAGGGCUCUAAUGUUAAAUUGGUGUGUUGAGUUAUAUAAAUGUUUAUAUUUGUAUUUAAAUAAUGAAAUAUUGGACAGUUUGUUUACACCAAAUAUUUCUGCAGUCCAGGGAUGAAUGUUUCUGCUGGUUUGAUGCCUAAUACAGUUUCAGGGAAAAAAAGCAAAUAUGAAUUCACUGUUUUUAUCUUUCCUUCAUGGACCACCCCUUAGUGUCAGAAUCAAAUUUCAAAGAAGCUGCUUUGUGAAGCUAGAGAAAUCAGAGAUUCUCUUUUUCUGUAAUCAAAAAAAUAAAAAAAUAUCCGAGAAUGUAUUCUAGUAAGACCUCUGAAGCAUUGUGUCAGUGAAGGGAAUGCAAUACUGACUGAUAAAAUUCUUAGGAUUUGCAGUACAGUGAAUGCUGCAAUAGUCUUUACCAGCAAUAUAGAUAGUGUCAUCAGGAUUUUGAGUGUUAGAACAUUAUGUUAAAAUGUGAUUAUAGUUUUAGUGCUUUGUCUCUUUGAAUUAAAUUUGUAUCCAUAAAGAUGUGCAGCAUAAUUGUUCAUGUAUUUAUUUACAGACUACAAUUUCCGUCGCAGCUCAAUAAAUAGUCUUUCCCCUGUUAGUGCUACCCUCUCUUCUGGGACUCCCAGCGUGCUUCCUUAUACUUCAAGGCCUUAUUCUUAUCCAGGCUAUCCCUUGUCACCAACAAUAUCACUUGCUAAUGGCAGCCAUGUUGGACAACGACUAUAUAUCUCCAAUCAGGCCUCAUUCUUCUGAAGAAAAUAUUGUAAACAUUAGUAUGAAAAUUUCUUUGUGUAAAACAUGCAAAUUAAAAUUCUGUUUUAUUUUUAGAAUCGGGUUUGCACAUUUGGUUUUAAAAAGAUAUUUAUUCCAACAUACUAAACAUCAGCUAUAAUGCAGCAUAACAGAGUUAUAGAAUAUAAAAAUGCAAAGUUUAAAAAGUUAUUCAGUGGUUUCUAUUGAUAAAGGUAUAGCAAACUACUAUUCUUUUUAAACUUUUGAGAUUUUCUUCUAAUUCCUCAGUGGGCAGUAUAACCCAGUAGUUUAUGUUAAUAUUUUGUACAAUAACUUUGCUGAAUAGCAUUUCACAAAUAUGAAAGCAGUUGAAGACAAUGGUUAUACUAGAUUUGAUUAUCACUAUCUGUAUUGGAGAUUAGAACAAUUACAUAACCAGAAGCAUGUAACUAUUAUGUGGAAAGAAAUGAUGAAACAAAAAGAUUAAGAUGCAGAUUUUAUGCAGUACUAAAGAAAAAACAGUCCACCAUUGUCCUUGAAAAUAACACAGAUAUUACAGUUAACAAUUACUUGUUACAAUUAAUUAUAAUUUUGCUGUUACUAUAUUUAAGGUUUUUAUAGUUAUGCUUCAUUUGUGUUUUUGAUAUUCAUUGUAUUGUUGUUUGAAUAAGAAGUGUUAUGGUUUUUAAGUGUUGAAAUCAUGUGUUGUUUAAUUUUUGUACUUGAAUUCAGAUUUUUGACAUUAAAUAUAUGAUGCUUCUAA